AGAGAAUUUUAAGAAUUCGGUAGAUAUAAGAAGAAACGACGGUUACGAAAUUUUGGGAGUGUACAUCAAAAUGGGUACAUAUCAAGACGUAGUGAUCGUGAUAAUUAUCUGUUGUUACAAAGUGUCUAGCCAAUCCUUGACACUUUUUGAUAACACAAUCGUUAUAGACCGUAACGAAAGCAUCUCGUGCAGCUCUGACCUCGAAUGCGUUGAAGAUUCAUGUAAUGAAGGGAGAGUAUGUAUAAGGGUAAACGAGACCUCAUGGUACCAAUUCGGUACCAUAACUUGUGACAAGGAUUCAAGCACGCCCUACUGCAACGGUGGCUUGUGUUCGAAGAUCCCACGUCCUGGUUGCGAUCCGACCUCGUUUGCCUGUCCAGCUGAUGGCGAGUUUCCGGAUCCGACAGAUUGUACGCGUUAUCACUUGUGCGCGCAGGGCGUCGUCACAACUAAUCAGUGUCCACGGAAUACCGUGUACGAUCAUAGUACCGGUGGUUGCAAAUAUCGUCGUUAUCCCUCUGAUUGCGUGACCAUCAACUGCGUCGGAAGGGAUGGUCGCCCGUUCGUGUAUCCGCGAGACGAUCGCAUUCACGGAAGAUGCAUUCUUGGUAAGCCGCUCAUUCUCGGGCGAUGUGAGAAUUACGAGAGAUACGAUGUCAACCGCGUGAGAUGUGUGAGAUACUGCAGGACGAGUGGUGUUCAGCCGCCAGAUCCAGGUCCCAAUUCCUGCCGGAAGUACGUUCUGUGCGUGGAAGUAUUACCCAGGACGUAUGAACCAGUGGAGAUGUCCUGUGCCUGCAAUGAAGGGUACGACAAAGAGUUUAACGGUUGCAAGGUGAACGCGACCUGUUUGGAGAACGUUCCCCAGCCAUGGUGCGAGCAAGUAAUACAAAAUGACAAUUCGAACGAAUCCGAAGACGAUGAUAGUUCGGGUAACAUUGACAAUGGAGAUCAAGUUUUAUUGCCGUUAAUUAUUAAUAACUCUGGCAAUAAUAAUUCUAAAAACAACAUUUCCAACGGCAAUGAUAAAGUCGAUGGAAACUUGGUAAACGGAAAUGGCAAUGGGAACAAUUCUAAUUCUGGUAACGUCCGAAAAAGGGAUUCUGCUGGAACGUUAAUUAUUAACAGUUCAGGAAACUCUAAUAGCGAAAAUAAUAUAACCAAUGGUGAUGAUGACGUCAAUGGAAAUAUAGUGAAUGGAAAUGAAAACGGUAACAAUGAGAAUACGGGAAAUAUAAAUCCCGAUAUGAAUCCCGAUUCGGAGUCAGACCCACCGAGACUGGCCGCAAGUUUCAUAAGAAUUUUCAUCGAUUGGAUAAAUCAGAAAACACACAUAGAUUAUGAUUAAUCUUUACGAAAAAGAUUUGUUAUACUUUAAUGUACGCGCGCGCAAAGAUAAUAAUUGUAUAUUGCAAUAUAUAUCUAUGAUAUCAUUUUUCGCAACUCCACAUUGCUUCAUUGCUGACAUUUAAUAAGCAUAAAAAAAAGUUACAUAUUGUAAAACAUUUUUAAUUCCAAAAAGCUGCAUGUAUACUAGUUUGUAAGACACAUAUGCAAAUUUUGUGACACGCAAAUUUGUGAAUAUACAAUAUAGAAUUAAAUAUAAAA